AUGGCGUUGGGUGACGAUGAUCUCAUGUCAAUUUCAUUUCAGACAUGUGCUCUUGUAAUUGCCGGUCUUCCAUUUACCGGCUUUUUAUUAUGCCUUUUUCUUGCUUUAUUUUUGCAUUUUGAAGAAACCACACAAACACAUUGUGGUGUUGACAAUUGGUUGCCGUCAGUUUCUGCAGCGGUAUCUUCUGUUCCACCCGAAAUUUACAUUUGGCGAAUAUUUAUUGCAGUUCAUGGAGGACCUCGUCUUGUUCUUGCUUUCAUCUAUCGAAAUUUGCUUUUAACAUCCCCACUUCGACCGUUAACUCACGUGAAAAUAUUCCGCUAUUUGUGUCAUUUUGGAUGCGGUAUCCAUAUAGCUGAGAAUCUUUUCCUGAUUGGUCUUACUUGUAUUUCUUCGAGAGAAAAUCACGAAGCGCACAAAAUCUCUUUCUUCGGCUUUGUGCUCACGAGUUUUUUCUAUAUGUUUGUUGCAACGUGGCUUUUCAGUUAUUCGGGGCGACGAAGAACGACCAGUCUGGGAGAGACUUCUUAUGAAUACAAAGUAUUGGCGAGCGUGGCGGCUCUUAUCUCAAUUUUUGUUGCAAUGUCUGUUAGACAUUCCAGCACUGAGUUCUGGCUGCUUCCGCGCGACUACCCGGAAUUUUUGAUAGCUAGAUUCAACGAUAUGCCGAUAGAAAUCACAGAAAUCAAACAAGGUGAUGCUGAUGAUAUUCUUCGUUUAAUUAAGGGGUUGGCUGUUUAUGAAAAGAUGCCCGAUGCUGUUGAGCUUACUGUAUCUCAACUGAAAAUCGAUAUCGAAACAAAAGCUGUACUUGGGUACAUUGCUAGGGCCGAAGAAAAUCAUGAAAUGGUUGGAAUGCUUCUUUUUUAUUUACCAUAUUCGACAUGGCAAGGACAGUAUGUUCAUAUGGAAGAUCUAUACGUGGAUCCGAAAUAUCGACAAUUGGGUAUCGGAAAAAAGUUAUGGGCAAAGUUGGCUGAGUAUGCAGCCAAUCGAAAUAUAAAGCGUCUUCAAUGGAAUGUCCUUGAUUGGAAUCAACCAGCAAUUUCGUUUUAUGAAAAGUUGCCAUGUCGUUGUUUGACAAAAGAAGAGGGAUGGCUUCUUUAUCGAAUGGGCCCUGAUGAUAUCAAAAUCCUCGCAAAACAUGCCGAU